AUGUCAUCCAAACUCUACGACGUUCUCAUCAUUGGCGGCGGUCCAGCUGGUCUAUCCAUGGCCUCAGCUCUCGCACGGCAAGUCUACUCAGCACUCAUUCUCGACUCGGGAGUAUACCGCAAUGCGCCAACGAAAUUCAUGCAUAACGUCGUUGGGUUUGACCAUGCGGAACCUGCUGCCUUUCGCGCAAAGGCCCGAGAGGAUCUUGAGAAGCGAUAUGAGACCAUCGAGUUCAAGUCCGCAACGAUAGCUACCGUUCGAAAGACAGACGCAGGUGUCUUCGAGGCUGUCGACGAUCAAGGUACUACGUAUCAAGGAAAGAAGCUCGGUCUUGGAACCGGCGUGAGGGAUAUCUUUGAUGAUCAACCUGACGGUUAUGGCGAUUGCUGGGGACGGGGCAUUUUUCACUGCCUCUACUGCCAUGGCUUUGAGGAACGCGGCGCGGAGACAGUCGGCGUCUUCGCAGGCGGCAUCAUCUCCAGCGCCGACAUGCUCGCCCACGUCACGCCAAUGGCCAAGCGCCUCUCCCAAUCCGUAACGGUCUACACCAACGGCGACGCCUCUCUGAUCCCGGCGGUGCGCGCCAAGGUACACAGCAGCAAAGUACACUACGACAGCCGCAAGAUCACUAGCUUUGUACUCGUCGAGGGCGGUCCCGCCGUGAGGGUGACUUUCGAGGAUGGCAGCUCCAAGACGGAGGGCUUCGUGGUCAGCCACCCGAAGGUGGUGCAGGCGGCGCCGUUCGCGGAGCAGCUAGGGCUGGAGAUGUCGGCGACGGGAGACAUCAAGGUGGAGGCGCCGUGGAACGAGACAAAUGUCAAGGGGUGCUUUGCGUUUGGGGAUGCGGCGACUAUGAUGAGGAGUGUCCUGCAGGCUAUGUAUAUGGGUGGGUUUAGUGCGCUGGGGAUGGCGAUGCAGCUGCAGCGUGAGUUGGAUGAGAAGGAUGAGCUCUAG